UUUGUGUGUACAUGUGUGACCGUACAGUGUGUGUUUGUGCGAGUUUGUGCGUGCAGGGUGGGGGCAAGGCCACCAUUUCUAACAGGGCGCUUGCAGCAGCUGUCCCUUGGCAUGUCAGCGGAGAGCGUCAGAGUCCUGCUACAGAAAGGCUCAGAACUGAACGGAGAACUGCUGCGUGCAGUUUCCAGAAAGGAUCGUAGUGCCCCUGUCUUCAGCCGGACCCCGGGACCAGCACAGCCCCGACCAUGGCGGAUCAGUACCAGUACAACACCAAUGAGGAAAAGAUUGUGAAGGACAGCCACACCAAGGAGAUCGAUCUGAUCAACAGAGACCCCAAGCAGAUCAACGAGGACGUGGUGAAGGUGGAGUUUGAGGAUGUGAUCGCAGAGCCUGAUGGCACACACAGCCUGGAUGGAGUGUGGAAGCUCAGCUACACCACCUUCACUGUGUCCAAAUACUGGUGCUACCGCGUCCUGUCUGCUGUCUUCGGCAUCCCGGUGGCUCUGCUCUGGGGCUUCCUGUUUGCCUGCAUCUCCUUCUGCCACAUCUGGGCCGUGGUUCCCUGCAUCAAGAGCUGCCUGAUUGAGUCGCAAUGCGUCAGCCGCAUUUACUCACUCUGCAUUCAGACCUUCUGUGAUCCCUUCUUUGAAGCUCUGGGCAAGAUUUUCAGCAGUGUGCGCGUGGCACUGCGCAAAGAGGUCUAGGAACUCACAUUGUAGUUUGAAGAUUGGAGAAAGUGUGGCAUCGUUUUAUACAGCAGAAAGAUAAUCCGUCCCUGGCAUCUUGCUUUGCAACCAUCUUCGUCUCAAUGUAACACGCUGUUCUCCGCCCUCCAAAGCCUGAACCAGCGGUCUAAAGCAUGACAUGCCCAGCAUGCAUUUAGCCACAAGAAGUGGUUUGACAGCUGCAGCAAGCAGUGUGGUUCUCUGACAGGUCUGGCACGUCUAGGUUGGCCCUAAUAGAAGAAGAAGGCCUACUGUCAUGAGGGACAUCUCAGUAUUCACACCUACAGUAAUGUCAGAAGUUUACACAAAAAACAGUUUGAUUUGAUGUCAAACAAUGAGACCAUGAUAAAUAAUUACAAAAAAAAUGUUUCCACCGCCAAUGUAUUAUAUCUCCCAUUGAAUCCAACUGAAAUACAAACAAAUCUGUUAGAAGAACUGUAAAAAUAAUAACCAGAAAUAAAGCUGUUCUAUUAGGAUUUUC